AUGGCGGUCUAUCAUGACCUUGACUGGCUGUUUGCAAUUGGCACCAUCUUCUUCAUGCUCUCCAUCUGGGCCAUCGGUGCUAAUGACGUUGCAAACUCCUACGCGACCUCUGUUAGCUCUAGGUCUUUAACCUUGAUCCAAGCCGGCAUUCUUGCCACCAUAACAGAGUUCAUCGGCGCAAUUGCGCUGGGACAACAGGUCAACUCGACCAUCCGCAGCGGAGUCUUUAGUGUCGAUCGGUUCCUCGAGUGGACGGCGUCCUGA